AUGGAGGACCAAGCGAACAUGCCUUAUACCAAUGCUGUGAUCCAUGAAACUCAACGUUAUGGGGAUAUUGUUCCUGUUGGAUUGCCUCACAUGACAUACCGGGACACCGAGCUCCAAGGCUACUUCAUUCCAAAGGGGACGACAGUCAUCACUAACUUGUCCUCGGUGCUGAAGGAUGAAACGGUUUGGGAGAAGCCGCACCAGUUCUACCCGGAGCACUUCCUGGAUGCAGAUGGGGAGUUUGUGAAGCGAGAGGCCUUCCUGCCUUUCUCUGCAGGUCGUCGUGUUUGCCUGGGGGAACAACUAGCCAGGAUGGAGCUCUUCCUCUUCUUCACUAGCCUGCUGCAGCAUUUCACCUUCCAUCUCCCUGAGGGCCAGGCCAGGCCUCGAGAGGAUGGACACUUUGCCGCGACACUCACCCCACACCCCUACCAGAUCCUGGCUGUCCCAAGAUAAGUGCAGUGUUUUGCAAAGUUCUCCUCAAAUAUUUUAGGAAGGUUGUAGUGCUUAACUGAAAGAUGCUCCUACUCCGGUGGGAGAGCUUCUCCUGUCAGCAUAGUUAAUCCACCUCCCUGAGAGGUGAUAGCUGUGUUGGCAGGAGAAGCUCUGACGACAUAGCGCUGUCUACACAGGCGUUAGGUUGGUAUAACUAUGUCGCUCGGGUGUGGAUUUUUCACACUCCUGAGCGACGUAGCUAUACCUAUAUAGGCCUGUAGUUUAGGCCUGGCCUUAGCAUUGUGUCUGCUUCGUUCUUUAACAGAGUCUCCUUGAGAUCCUCUGAAGUUAUGCUAUCAGCACUAUUGGCCAUUUACCCGUCAGCACUGUGUAGAUUCCUGUUGCGUGUUGGUACACAUAGCAAAUGUGUAACGGAAUGCUAAAGAUAGCGUGAUUACAUGUGGGUAGCAAGAGCCUGGCAGACUUUUCACUGCAACACAUAAUAUGAGCUUAUUGCAGCUGUUUAAAUGGGAAAGUCAGUGCUCUGAGCCAGCAGAGUGUGGUUUGGUUUUCUAGCACUUUGCCUGGGCAUUCCUUCAGGGCCAAGCCAAUGCCUUCUCUGAGAAGAGAUUUUGAAGUACACUUGGCAUUUGCUUGUACAUGCUGCAGACAAUGCUAUUGACAGAGAUUUACCUGCAUUAUUUCAGGAGAUUUGGUAAACAAAAAUGGAUCACAUCUUCCACUGAUCUAAAGUGACUUCUGGAGCUAUGCCUAUUUGCGCCAGCUGAGGAUCUGGCCCAAUAUGUACUUUAUAGUUUAGUGUAAUUCCAGUUUUGAUCUUAUCUUUUUCUCUUUACACAAACGUAAUAUAAAGGAACCACAUGUGUACAGUGGGGUCCAAUCAUGUGUUUGUUGGAAAUACACAACAUGCCAGGCAUUCCUCCAUGUACACACUGCUGCUCUGACUGGGUUCUGGCAACUUCUAAAAAAAACCUGAACAUGGGGAAUGGAACAAAAAGGCUCAGAAUCUAUUUAAAGGGAUAUUAUGCUAUGCCUGUAACACGACACCUUCCUUCCUCCAUUACACACGUUCCUUUCAUUUUCAGCCCAGAAAAGUGUUAAGAGGUUUCUAUUCCAAAGAAACUGUGUUAUGUUAGAGUAAAGCGACUAUGGGAGGAAUUGCCACUAAACUGUCUCAAAAUAUUGUGUUUUGUGCACGAUAACCCUGUAAUUUGCCCUUGCAAAUGAUUGUUAUAAUUUGUGUAAUGUAUACAAAAUAGUAAAAUUAUGUUAAUAAAAAGAGGAAUCUUUUAUUCUUUAA